AUGAUUGGAAUUUUUUCAAUUUUAAAUGUUUUAAUUUCAAUUGUUUAUCCAAUCAUUGCUUCAUGUAAAGCGUUUGAAGAUUAUACAAGUAUUACAAAUUCAAUUUCAUCACAAAAUUUUAAAAUUAAAGGUAUUACAGUUCCAUUAAAUUUAAUUUAUAAUUCACUGAAUUCAAUUAAUGAAAAUGAUGAAAAAAUUUUACAAUUACAAUUAAUUAAUUUACAAAAAUGGUUUAUUUAUUGGAUUAUUCAAGGUUUUUUACAAUUUUUUGAAAAUUUUUUAUUUUUUAUUACAAUCUUACCAGGUUAUUCUUUAUUAAAAUUAAUUUUUAAUAUAUGGUUAAUUUUACCAAUGAUUUCAAAAUUUACAAGAAUUAAUGAUUUAAAUGAAAAUAUUAAUUUUGAUCAAACUAUAGAAUGGCAAAAUUUUACUAAAACUGGUUCAGGUUUUUUAUUUUUUAAUUUUUUAAAACCAUGGAUUGAAAAAAAUAUUGAUUUAAUUAGAAAUAUUGUUUUAAACCCUUUUGAUUUUCAAAAUUUAUUGAAAUUAAGUUCAAUUUUGAAAUUACAAAAUUUAUCAAGUGGUGGUUGGUUUAAUGGUAGUAAUAAUAAAAAUACUAGUAAUGCUACUACUAGUAACUCCAACUUAAAUGUAAAUGAUUUUGCAAGUUAUUUAGAUAGUUCAUUUGUAAUGGUAAUGAAUAUGAAAAAUAAAUUUACCGGGAAUGGAGAAUCACAAACUGGAUUUGAUUCAAAAGAUACCACCACAAAGAUAAAUGAAGAAUUUGAUAUUAUUGAUAGUGAUGAAAAAAAUGAAAUUAAUGGUAAGAAUACUGCAAAUGAAAAUGUAAGUGAAGUUAAUAAACGUAAAGGGUAUUUCUGGUAA